AUGGAAGCUCUUAGCUUUAUGAAAUUCUGGCUAACAAACGCCAACAGCAAUAAAUCCCGCCGUGAAAUCAGAAUCUCAGAAUCCGCCGUCGGAUCCUCCACCGCAUUGGGAGAUCCCGAAGUAGAGCUCUGCGAAGGAGACGAUUCCUUCUUCGAGCUCGAGAUCUCUCUCUCCGAUUUCUCCAUCAAGGGAAACAAAACCCCUGAAGAGAGAGAAGAAAAGCAGACGACUUUCUCCGUCUCCAAGAGCAAAGUCCUCCCUUUCGUCGAAAUCAGCUCGAAACCUCAAUCUCCGAUCACUCUCCUCAAAUCCGGUCAAAAGUUUCGUGCUUUCUCGUUCAAGAAGUCAAAGUCCGUCGAAUCGGAAAAGUCAACGACGACUGAGAAGAAAGAAAACAACAGCAGAAGCCUCAACGUAAGGUUCAGAAUCGAAGACGACGAGACGACAACAACAAGUUUCAGAAAAACGGCGAGCAUUGCGAGGACAAAGGUGAGAGACGACACGGUGUUCUUCGAUGGCUCUGCCUCCCCUGUUUCAUCUUCUUCUUCCUCGAAGAGAUUCUUUGAUCUGAUAAAGCCUUUAUACACUAAAACAACGAAGAAACAGAGUAUCAACAGUGUAUCGGCAUCUCCGGCGUCUUCACCGGCGGCGAGGGAAAAACAGAGGACUAAUUUACCGUCUGGGAUUCGAAGCGUGAGGAGGCAACUUGGGAAGAGCCGGUCGGCGUCUGCGGCUAUCGGAGGAAUGUCUCCGGCGAAGAGACUCGACGAGUCUUUACAAGUGCAACAGGAUGGGAUUCAAAGUGCGAUUCUCCAUUGCAAGAAAUCUUUUCACGGUUCGAGAGGUACUUAA